AAAAGUAUUUCUUCUAGUCACGCUGUGGAUUGCGGACUUCAGAUACACAGAGAAAGCAAAUUGCACAGACAUGAAUAUAAUCCCCAGGAUCUGAAGACUCUAAGAAAUGGUCUUCAGGUUUGGAUUUUUCUGAAGAAAAGAAUCUGUGAAGUUAUGUGAAUAGAGACCAUUUUUCAAAGCCAUGGGGGAAAGAGAAGGAAGUCCAGAUACUGAUCGAGAAAGUAAGGCAGGCAGACACUGUUACUCUGACUGCUCAUCUGACUUUGGAGGUACGCCACAGUCCUCCAGACGGUCAUCGCUGGUUCACCCUUCCUCACCUACAAGUAUUAAGGGCAAAAAUUCUAAAAAACAAAUUUCAGAUAGCCAAGUGCAUCAUCAAGUCCCUAGGAAACCAAGCCCUAAGGGUCUGCCACACAGAAAGGGAGUCCAAGUGGGAUUUUGCUCCCAGAGCCUCAAUAGGGAGUCACUUCGGAAAGAUACUGAUCUUGUUACAAAACGGGUUCUUUCUGCAAGACUGCUAAAAAUCAAUGAAUUGCAGAAUGAAGUAACUGAACUCCAGGUCAAGUUAGCUGAGCUACUAAAAGAAAAUAAAGCUUUGAAAAGGCUUCAGUACAGGCAGGAGAAAGCCCUGAAUAAGUUUGAAGAUACCGAAAAUGAAAUAUCACAACUUAUUGCUCGUCAUAACAAUGAGAUUACAGCACUCAAAGAACGCUUAAGAAAAUCUCAAGAGAAAGAACGGGCAACUGAAAAAAGGGUGAAAGAUACAGAAGAUGAACUAUUUAGGACAAAAUUUUCCUUACAGAAAUUGAAAAAGAUCUCUGAGGCUAGACACCUACCUGAACGAGAUGAUUUAGCAAAGAAACUUGUCUCAGCAGAGUUAAAAUUAGAUGACACCGAGAGAAGAAUUAAGGAACUAUCAAGAAACCUUGAGCUAAGUACUAACAGUUUCCAACGACAGUUGCUUGCUGAAAGGAAAAGGGCAUAUGAGGCUUAUGAUGAAAAUAAAGUUCUUCAAAAGGAACUACAACAACUCUAUCACAAACUAAAGGAAAAGGAGAGAGAGUUGGACAUUAAAAACAUUUAUUCUAAUCGUCUUCCAAAGUCUUCUCCAAAGAAAGAAAAAGAACUUACAUCAAGAAAAAAUGCUGCAUGCCAGAGUGAUAUUACAAACCAGUGUACAAAAGGAGUACAAACCAGUGAAGACUUGGAGCUGAAGGAAUAUCCUAUAACACCACAGACAGUUAUGUGUUAUGAAAACAAAUGGGAAGAACCUGAACGUCUUUCUUUGGAUCGGAAAUCUCAAAAGGGAAAUGAUCAUGAAGAAGCAGGGAUUCUAAACCCAGUUGUGGAAAGAGAAGACAAAUUUGUUAAAGAUCAAGGACUCCGCAUUGUGAAACAGGAGGUUGAGAAGCUGGAGGAUGAGUGGGAAAGAGAAGAACUUGCUAAAAAGCAAAAGGAAAAGACAGCUUUGUUGGAGAGAGAACAAAAGCCAGUGUUGGAAACUGGAAGAUAUCAAAUGGAAAUGUACCAAAUUCAGAAUAUGGAUAAACUGGAAGAAGAGGAAGAAGAAAGGCUGAAGAGAGAAAUGCUACUUGCUAAACUGAAUGAAAUCAAUAGAGAGCUCCAAGAUUCUCAGAAUCUAAAAUAUCCUUCUCUGCCAUUGCUUCCCCAUUUGGAAUCAAAACUGCACUCCCGAGAGAGAAACUCCAGAACAUACAUGUUCUCUGAAUCCUCCGAGACAUCUAAUGGGCAUCAUUUGCAAGACAUUGGUCUUUUAGCUGCAAAAGGAGAUGGUCCGAAUCCAGGAGACAUCAGCAGCCCAGCCUCUGCGGAUGAACUUGCAUUUGGUAGCUAUGUGCCUUCGUUUGCAAAAACAUCAGGGAAGUCAAAUCCACUUAGCCAAAAAAGUGGCCUUUUGGAUUUCCAAAGAAACAAUAUAGAGAAAGUUAGUAAAGACAGUGUAGAUUUAAUCACAAGAAAAGAGAAAAAAGCCAAUCUCAUGGAACAGCUAUUUGGUACCAGUGGCCUCAGCAGCAUUUCCUCUAAAAGCAGUGACCCAAAUUCUCUGGCUGCCCCCAAAGGAGAUUUGGACCCUCCAGAUUUUCUCCCUGGGGAUAAAAGCAGCAGGGGUAGGGAACAUGAUGAUGAUGAUGACAGCUUUUUCCUCAGCGAAGGGAGAAGUUUUAAUCCGAAUAGACACCGGUUAAAACAUGCAAACCAUAAACCAGCGGUAAAAGCAGUUGAUUCUGUAGAAGAUGAAAUUGAAGAAGUAGCACUGAGAUGACUGACUAGAAUAUAUGUUUUUUCCAAUUGUAAAUAUUAAAGUAUUUUAAUACAGUAUUUAUUAUUAAACAUUUAGACGUUUUAAUAUUAAAAAGUCCUUGUUAAAUAAUUUUUAAUGUAUGAAUACAGUGGAAAUAAGAAGUAGAAGAUCAUAUCACACCACAUAACUAGUUUUCCAAGAAUGCAAGAGGUUCUUUUGAUUGAGACCAAAAGUAAAGAUUUAUCUUACUUGGUUUUGACUUUUUAUUUACAAAUAGGUUUUACCUCUUAGAUUAGCGAUGGGGGAGUUUCACUCCAUUGGCGUCCAUGUUCAUUUUCUGCUUUAUCCCUGUUUAUUUUUGGUCCUGUCCUCACUGAAUUAAAUCCAGUCUUCCUGAUGAUUGCAGAAUGGAAAGUAAGAGUGAGAGGCUCCAAUCAGGGCAUAGCUCCCGAGAGGCAGGGAAUGGUGCCGGGAGCCCUGCCCUCUGACUAGGGCUGGGGGUCCCUCUGUGCACAGCAAGGCUGAGCUGCUUCGAAGGAGGAAGCGGUGACAGCAUUGUGAUUUACCACUCCUCUGGAAGUGACCACACUUAGAUGCUGCUCCUUCCCAAUUUAAAUCACUUACCCACAGCUGUGCUGACACACAGUAGACGUUUGUCUGUUUGCAUGGACAGUUGCCUGUCACGGCUCCCAGAGGCUUGGGUACAGUGUAAUCACUAAUUCCUCUCCUUGACCCCUUACAUUUUUAGUAUCUCAGUGACUGGAUGUGAGAUUUCAUACCAAAUACAAAGAAUAGAAGACGUUUCAUUCCAGUUUUGCAAGAUUUUUCAACACAAGUUUCCAGAGUAAUGUAACUUAGAAAUUUUAAUAUGUCUUUUUAAGAUGUGAACUUCCUGUCAAACCAAAGAGACAGCAGUAACGUGAUAUAUUGGACUUUCAGGACUGAUUUUAAAUCACCCUCAGUUAAAAGUGCUGUGUAAGAUGGGGCUCCUGCCUCGCAGAAUAGGGGGAAGAGUGUGUUCUGUUGAAAAGCAUUUAGUCUUUGCUCUUUGUAGCUCACUUCAGCUGCAAAGGAAUUGAUGACCUUGAGUCAUGCUGGGCAUGACUGGUCUUUGAGAAGCAGUAAUAUAUACCACCAACCAAGGAGAAAACUCUCAGAUGAAGAAUAGUGGGAAUAGUGUGUCAAGGGAAGAGUAAAUAAAUGUUGAUUGACACUUAUACUAAAGUGACCUGUUGUUUUCAAAAAUUUACCACGUAUUUGCUCAUAGAUUUUUGAUGCCAAGCAUACAUACCGAUGAGGGAACUAGAGUUAACGUUUUAUCUUGAGUUCUUGUAAGUGCUUAUUGAAUAUAAUUUCAUAAUUAUUUGACAAUACUUAUGUGGUUAGGUCUUUAAUUAAAAGAUGUGCCACCUAGCAUCUUCGAAAUUGUGUUCCUCUUACUUUUUGGGAACUGAAUCUGCUGCUGAAUUGACUCCUAAACUAUAUUAAAUUUUUUAAAUAGAUUUUUUUAUGACUGAUAUUAACAAGCAUUUUGUAUGUUGUAAAUCAUUCUUAUAUAUAAACUACAAUAUUAUUGUAAUGCAGUUUCUGAUAAAUUAUGUGAUAUUAAUUUUGUUCAUGCUGCGCCCAAAGUAUUCUUAUUUUUAGGUUUUUGGUUUUAAAGGCUUUUUCAAAAAAGUAAAGCUUUAUAUUCAGGUCAUUUUAAUUAGUCUCUUGCUGUUUUCUACCUGAUGUUUUCUAGUCUCUAAUCAGUUGCAAUCAGACAUAAUUAUUAAAAUAAACCUAAAAUUCAGUUGUAGACCUAGAAGCAUUAUGGUGUUAAGCUUUAAUUGGAGAUUAAAAUGUACAGAACAGGCUUUUCUUUGUGACAAACCUUAGUGAAUAACUUUUUUUCUAAAUGUCAAGUGAAAUUUAUUUGU